ACUCCACCUCAGAAAGCCCGAACAUUGACCUCCAGCCUCCUACUGACCGCAAUCCUGACCUGCAAAAGAAAAAGUCGACGACUUACAACAUCUCAUUCCUCAUCAUCCAUACGGCCGCCCGAGGUCGCUACCGCUGCCUCCAAACGGUGGUGCUUCCCUCGACAGGGAGCCGUAAACAAGUCAAAACCAACAUCUUCCACGGGUUUCGUCCAACUUUCGCUCAACGACAUUACGCCUUCGCAACGACUUCUAACGACUUAAACGAUUGCUCGUCUCUUAUGUUUUUCCCUUUCAUCGAUGUCGACGUAUUACUUCUCAAGAACUUAAUAAUCCGGCUCCGUUGACCAUACCACGAGAAAGACGGCCGAGAUCAUGGAACCUCUCACCCUGAGGCCCCGAACCCCGGUCGAAAUGCCCGAGGUAGAAGAUUGGGACGAUGAUGAUUUCGAGAACCUCGAGGAUGUCCACUUCCGUAGUGCAUCAACCGCGACUUCGGUUGUCUCGCAUCCUCAAACAAACCACCGAGACUCAGUCUCAUCGCGCAUGUCGCUGCGCUCGGAGUCAAAUCAAGGCGAUGAAAAUUGGGACGUUAUUGUUGAUGAACAGGCUUCGAUAAAAGAUGCAGUUGCUCUCGCAAAGAGCAAAGGAAUACCUUUGCCAUCAAAUGUACCGCGUUCGGCUCUGGAAGGGGGAACGAUUCGACGAUUAAAAGGCAAGGAAAUAAAGAAAGCCAUUGCCGAUGACUGGUCCGAAGAUCUCGACUUACCAGGCACCGACAUGCCUCUCAAGCUCGCCAAACACGACGAGCGUGAUCUCUCGGAGAGUCUGCGACAAAUCAGCGCCGCUUUCAGAACAUCACCAAAAGCUCCCGAUGUGAAGGAUCUCCUUGACAAUAAUACGAUACGAUCUCCGAAGUCUCGGACAAUAGCUACUCCGAUAACAUUGGAAGCCUUCAGAGAUACGGACGAAGAUGCUGGAUUUGGUGACGUCCCAACGAUAAAAGUUGCGAAGCACAGGACUCCUCAAAAGCCAUUACUCUUUCAGCAACCCCCUACACCUAUAAAACCGGAGACCGACAACAUUGAGGAUGAUCUGGAGUUGCCCACUGAUGGUCAACUCAGAUUGUCGACGCGAAAGGCUCCUCAAACCCCACAACAGAGCGACGACUUCGACCUGGAAUGGGCCGAGGGCAGUCUGGGUACGAGACAUGCGGGAACCAAGAGAGGCGGACGUUCUGCUCGUAGUUCUUCUGCUUCAGCUCUAAGCCCAAGCGUUUCGAGUGCUUUUACGGCCGAAAGUGAAGAUGAAGGUCUCGAUGGACUUGUUCUUCCGGAUGGCCCUCUCAAAUUCGACGACAAACUGAAAAAGAGGCAACAAGAACAUGAUACAGACCGAGUAUCUCACACCGAAGUCAAGCAGGAGCUUAAGCGUGUUUCUGGCAAAGAUGAUUUCUUCACUGGUCUCGACAUUGGGGAUGGCGAGGUUUUCGAUCCCGCAAAGCUGACCCUCAAUCGCAACAUCAAGCACAAGACCACAAGGCCUGCCAGUCCUAGCAAGAGGACCACUACGACGCUCAGUUUCACGACAAGCAACAAACUUCCCGGUCCAACGAUAUCGAGGUUGCCUAGGUUCCAACCCGAACGACAUGAGCGCGCUCGUUCCAAUCUGGAACCUGUCUCGGAAACUGGCGCUGCAAUCUUGUCAUAUCAGCGACCAGGUUCACGUCUUGGGCAUCAACCGUCCAUUUCGGCCAUUCCCGCUCCUUCCACCCCUUCUACUCCCUCUACACCCAGCAGACGACUUCUACGGGGCGCCGAGUCACGGCCUGAUCUACGCUAUCAGCAGCCUACCACCACCAACGCUGAUCUUCUGCGUGCUAAGAGAUCAAUGCCCGUUAUGCGUGGUAUGCAAUCACCCACCAAGACCCCUUCAGCAUAUGCUAGACCUCCCUCGCGACAAGAAGCAGGUAGCCGUUUGAACAUCCCAUCGCGGCCAAAGACCCCAACGGCGACUGAUCGUGCAGAAUCACGUCUGGGAGACAACAGAAAGCCAGCGGUGCCCUUCAUCCCAGCCGGUGCAUCGGCUGGACAGUCUCAGCAUAUCAGUAUCAAAAGCACCAGCAGCACCCGUCACUACCGUGGUCAAGGUUCCGACGGAUCAGGAGACAGCAUGUCUGCAGCGCAAAGAUCACUAUCUCGACUUGCUGGUCUUGGCCGACCCGAGACACCUGGCCGUGGAGGACGCAGUAACCUUGCUCCCGCUGAGCUGGCCGCACAAGCAAAGAAAACAAUAACAAAGCCUGCCAGGCGGCGGAAUUAUGGUGAUGGGACCGAAUUGGAGAUCUUCGACGACCUUCCCACAUCGGCCACCCUCGAGUCGAAGUUUACCAAGACACCCAUUGCUCGUGGAGCACCUCGAAGUCUGAGAAGCAAAUUGGGUCUUUCACACCUUAAUCCAUCCACUUCAUCACUGGGUAGUACCAGGCGCGGAAGUGACACACCUAUCCCGGCCACUCCAUUGUCACCACCUAAAGGAGACUUCCCAACUACUGCGCUGAACACCACCAACGUUCCUCGCUUUGCUCGUGACACUGCCGCCUCUCGUAACGCUCGAGAACAGCGUCAGAUUUCAAUGACGUUCCAGAAUAUGCGAGGCGAACCUCUUCAACCGAUCUCUACCAAUUGGAAGUCAGCUACCCCAGCUUCCCGACAUAGUCAAGCAGGAAGUUUGAGGAAAAAGAAGAGCGAUAAGCAACAGAAGCCACAUCUCAUCAAGGCUCUCGGAGCCGAUGUGAAUAGACCCAAGUCGGAGAAAGGCAUGCACUACAAUCCUCUGCUCUUUAGGUGGGAAGGGAACGAAAAUGCGUUGGCCCCAUUUGAUGUGCCUGACUUUCAUCCCAGAGGGGGAAGCCCCGGUGCUCUCGCUUCAGGCCAGCCAAGCCCUGGGACCAAAGCCAACCUUGCGCUGAUUUCCAAUGUCGGUUCGGGUGUGACAGGUGUACAAGUCGUAGGUGGUAUGGUAUUUGACCCAAGCCAAAUGCGGUGGCUGAAGCUCGCGGAAAAUGCCGAUGCAACCACUGCAGGACUCCGGAGUGGAAGCGUGCAGAUUGAAGAAGAAGAGGAUGUAUUCGCUGGGCUGGAAGACCUCAAAGAAGAAGAUGAGACGAGGAGUCGGACUGGCACAUUGGGCAUGCAGAUGCCUUCUGGGACAGGACCACAACUCGACGGCCGACGAGAUUCGUUUGGCGAUCCCGAUGGCGGACAUAGUAGUGGUGACGAAUGGGGUUUGAGUGAAGAGUUUGACGUUGGGCCUGACUUUGUCAGACGUCAACGGACCGAGGAAGAGCGUUGGCGCAGGAAGGUUGAGAAGUGGUUGAGACGAGAUGGAGAGGGUGAAGAGGAUGAAGGCGCUGACGGAAGAGGUGGUUGGAGAUGGGCAAUCCGAGAGCUCGUCAUGGCGCAGGGGGAGUAAUGAGUGUGUAUCACCACUAUAUUUCUCGGAAGGAGGAGUGGUCGGGUGGACAUUGACAGCAAAAGUAGAGCGUGGGAGAGGGAAGCAUUGAUAUCCACGAAUGCUUCGAAUCCUCUCAUGCCUAACGACACUUUAUUUAGUAUACUCAUUGCCUAAUUUGCAUGAGGUACGUUGAUGACGAAAGCAUGGUUACGGCCGACUUUUAUACUUC